AUGCUCCAAUACCUCGCCACCCACUGUAACCUCGUGGUCUUAUCCGUAGGCUACCGCCUCGCACCAGAACACCCCUAUCCAGCCGGCAACGAGGACUGCUUCGACGUAGCCGAAUACCUCGUCGAUCACGCAAAGAGAGAUUAUGGUGUUGAGAUGGGAUUUAUGAGUGGCGAUAGUGCGGGUGCUCAUCUCAGUGUGGUUACUACCUACCACCUCCUGAAGUCUCGACCCGACUUCGCAUUCAAGGGCCUGGUAUUGAACUUCGGCGCGUACGAUCUGAGUGGGUUCCUACCACAGGCAUGGCUGUUCAAGCUGCCAUUGGUGUUGGAUGUGGAGAUUAUGCAGAAAUACAUCGAAGCCUACCUGCCCAACACGACACCAGAACAACGCCGGGAUCCGAUGAUCUCGCCAGUUUUUGCGGAUCUGAAUAGUAUGAAGCUGCCCUCGGCAUUGUUCGUAGUAGGGACGCUGGACUGUCUGCUGGAUGAUAGUGUCUUUAUGAGUGCGAAGUGGCGGAUGAGUGGUGCAGAAAGUUUGCUGAAGGUGUUUCCCGGAGCACCACACGGGUUCGUCUUCUUCCCACCAGGCGAAGGCGGAACACCAGAAACGCAGAAGUCGCUGGACGAUAUCACGAUGUAUAUCAACGAGCGCGUAUGA